ACCCCGAUGACACGAAGCAGCAACACAUAAUGGCCUCGCGACUCUCUAGGGCCGCAUUGGGCGCCGCCCGCCUCCGUCCCACCCUCCCUCUCCGAACCACCGCCCCAUUGGCCACCUCCUUCACCACCUCCUCCCCCCGCUUCGAGUCCGGCGUGCCCCAGAAAGAGCCCAAGGAUGCCGCGUCGUCGAUCCUCAACGCCCUCCCGGGCAACAGCAUCGCCUCCAAGACGGCCAUCCUGUCCGCGGGCGCCGGCCUGUCCAUUGCGGCCAUCAGCAACGAGCUCUACGUCGUCAACGAGGAGAGCAUCGUCUUCCUCUCCCUCCUGACCAUCUACUGGGGUGUCUACACCUACGCUGGCCCCAUGUACCGGGAGUGGGCCGAGGGCUACCAUGACAAGGUCAAGGGCAUCCUGAACACGGCGCGCGACGAGCACACCAAUGCCGUCAAGUCGCGCAUCAACAGCGUCAAAGACUUGGGCGGCGUCAUUGACAUUACCAAGGACUUGUUUGCCGUGUCCAAGGAAACCGCCCAGCUCGAGGCUCAGGCCUAUGAACUCCAGCAAAAGGUCGACCUUGCACACGAGGCAAAGGCAGUGCUGGACUCGUGGGCGCGCUAUGAGGGUCAAGUCAAGGCUCGGCAGCAGAGGGAGUUGGCCGAGGCGGUGAUUGCGAAGAUUGACAAGGAGUUGGAUAACCCGAAGGUGCUCGACCAGAUUCUCAAACAGGCCGUCGCCGAUGUCGAGAAAAUCGUGCAACAGAAGCAAUAGAAAUGAGAGUCACGUGAUCUGAGUGCGGGUAAAUGGAAGGUGGUCUGGAACAGACACUGUACCGUGUACAUAGCAU